UGUACUGCUAGCAAACUAAGAACUGAUCGGUAGUGUUUGCAGUCGACCCGGUUAAUGUUGUAAUAGUUACAAGCAAAACUACGAACACGUGAGUUGGGUCAAAUUUGUAAAUUAUUGUUCAAGAAGCUGCUAUGAGUUUCGUUACUAACCAACAACUCCAAAAGUUAAGAUGCUUGAAGUGUCGAAAGUAUCUAUCAUAUUUCCCGAUAUAUCAAAGUUACGACCAGCAAGGCUGCAUUUGUGGACGAUGCUCUGUCGAAGGCAACGUCGAGAGGAACACCAUCUACGAGGAAGUAACUACAAUACAAAAAUUUCCUUGCUGUUAUGAUGUAAAUGGUUGUCUGGACAGUUUAUAUCCAGACGAGGUGCCCAUUCACGAAAAAAUUUGUAAAUUUAGAACUUAUGACUGCCCAUCAAACACCACUAGUAAAUGUAAAUGGCGAGGAUUAGUUAAAGACAUGUGGGAUCAUUUCCAACGGCAUCACGCGAUAUACACCAUCAAAAACAACGAAUUUGAAAUUGAUCUCGUUGGAAACUAUAGCGAAAAUUAUCUGUUGAACGUUGAAGAUGAGUUGUAUAUUGUUAAUCAAAGUAACUCCAGAAGCAAUAGCUUUUCUUGCAAUGUUUCCUAUAUAGGAAGCAACAUAAACUCCCAAAGAUACUCAUAUAAACUCACUUUUACGAAUAUGAGGAACAGACUAAACAACUUUGCGAUCAGCGAAAAACUGGGAGAAGGGAUUAAUCUAGAUAGAACCUUUAUCACGGAAUCGUUAGGAAAUCCCAGCGCAGUCUUGGUUCGUAUCCAAAUAGUCACACAAGAAGACAAUGAAAACCACUUCGAGGAAGUUCAGUGGGAACUGCUGGAAGAACUGGAAUGCAGCUAUUGCUUGGAAUUCUUGCUGCCGCCUGUUCAACAAUGCAUAACUGGCCACAGCAUCUGCUCCAACUGCAAAAUAACGCAGAGUGUGUGUCCGACAUGCACCAAAGACUUCAAGGACACUGUCAACAUAACACUGGGGAAGCUGAUCGACCACUUGGUUUACCCUUGUAAGAAUGAAGGGUGUAAUUUCACGUGUAAGGCAAAAGAUAUAAGUGAACACUACUCCAAGUGUAUUUAUGGUAAAUUUAAAUGUCCUCUGCACGAUUAUGAAAAUUGCAGUGAAGAGAUAUAUUACACUGGACUAUACGAUCACAUAUUGACCAACCAUUAUGAAAACUUACUGGAAAUGGACACCGUCAGUGUCCCUUUUAAGAUUUAUCAUGAGGAAAAUGAGACUGAGCCCGGAGAUGACGACAAAAACUUAAAUGAAGAUUGCUUCAUAUUAAGAUACGAUUUUCGACUGUUCAAGCUGCAUUAUAAGUAUGAAAAUGGUAUGUUUCAGUGGGAAAUGCAACUGAUUGGCUCUACAAAUGAAGAUAAAAAAUAUGAUUUUGAAGUAGACGUCGUGGAUAACAGGAGAAACCAAAGGAUAUUUUUUAAAAGGGAAUGUAGCACGUUAAGUAGCAAGACUGAAGCUUUUGCUGAGGACAGGUCUUUUAUAUACAUAGAUAUUGAUCAGGUUCACAGCAUGAUCGAUGAAGAACUUAUAUACUCUGUACGCAUUUUGCCUAAAUCUUAAUUUUAAGAAGAUCAAGAAGAGUAUCUAUCUUCAUAUUUUAUAUUAAUGUAAUUUAACUACAUAAAAUAUAAUAACAAAGACAGCAUUUUUAAAUAAAAAUGUGUUAAAACUCUAUUUUUUACUUUUUGAUAUAAGUUUGGCAAGCAAACAACUAUUUCAAACAUCAAUUGGCAUCAUUAAGCAUAUGCAACCGUUUUAACACAUAUACAAUAUUUCUUGCCAACGAAAUGAAUAUACUUAUGAGAAUUAUUUAUGAAACUAUAUUUACUUGUUUGUUACCUAUCAUAUAUGAUGAAAGUGUGCUUUCUGUACACUUUUUUAAAUGAAAAUAAUU